UAUAACAUCCUUAAUUUCUAAACCUACGCGCUCUACAAAAGAUUCAUCAAAAGGAGUAAAAGACUAUCUUUCUCCAUUUUUUCCCAAAGAACAAAAAAGAAGAAGAAGAAAAUAUGGCAGUGAUCAAGAAGAAGAAGUCAUCAUUGAAAUCUAUGUUCUUGGGGUGUUACAAGGCAAAGAACACAAGCAAAUACGAAGGAGAGGAGAAGGCUGUAAUGAAAAUAACAACUUGUCCGGCGUUCAAGAGGCUGUCUUUAUCGGACAUAAGCGAUCCAAGCUCGCCCAUGUCGGUCAUGGAUGAUCUCUCUCAUUCAUUCACAUCUCAGAAGCUUCGUUUAUUCACGUUGUCUGAGCUGAGAGUGAUUACGCAUAAUUUCUCAAGAAGUAACAUGUUGGGCGAAGGAGGGUUUGGGCCGGUUUACAAAGGGUUUAUUGAUGAUAAGGUUAAACCGGGUAUAGUAGCCCAACCGGUUGCGGUUAAGGCUCUAGAUCUUCAUGGCCAUCAAGGCCAUAGAGAAUGGCUGGCGGAGAUAAUAUUUUUGGGACAACUAAGUAACAAACAUCUUGUAAAGCUAAUAGGGUUUUGUUGUGAAGAAGAGCAAAGAGUGCUUGUUUAUGAGUACAUGCCUCGAGGUAGCUUGGAGAAUCAGCUCUUUCGAAGAAAUAGCUUAGCAAUGGCUUGGGGAAUAAGGAUGAAAAUAGCCCUUGGAGCCGCCAAAGGUUUAGCUUUUCUCCAUGAAGCAGAGAAACCAGUCAUCUACAGAGACUUUAAAACCUCUAACAUAUUGUUAGACUCCAACUAUAACGCCAAAUUAUCUGACUUCGGUCUAGCCAAAGAUGGACCUGAAGGCGAACAUACGCAUGUAACAACCCGAGUGAUGGGAACACAAGGUUAUGCUGCGCCAGAAUAUAUCAUGACUGGUCAUUUAACGACGAUGAAUGAUGUAUACAGUUUUGGAGUAGUUUUGUUAGAGCUGAUAACCGGGAAACGGUCAAUGGACAACACCCGAACUCGGAGGGAACAAAGCCUCGUGGAAUGGGCGCGACCCAUGUUAAGGGACCAAAGAAAGUUAGAGCGGGUAAUUGACCCAAGGCUCGAGAACCAGUACAAAACAGAAGCGGCUCAGGUAGCUGCUGCCCUAGCAUACAAGUGUCUAAGCCAACAUCCUAAGUAUAGACCUACAAUGUGUGAGGUGGUUAAGGUCUUAGAGUCUAUCCAAGAAGUUGAGAUUAUGGAGCGUGAUGGUAACAACAAAGAAGGAAAGAAGUAUGUUGAUAUAAAAAAGUUUAGGCAUCACCGUAAAGGCCAAAGACGUGUGAACAUCGCUUAUUCAGAUUCUCUAGUUUACAAGGAAUCCAAGGCAAAGCAAAACAAUGGCGUUUGAAAUACAUCAUUUUCUCAUAG